AUGUGCAUUUUUGGAAAUAAAAGUUUUCAACUUUAUCAAAAGUUAAAAUACUCAGGUGAAAGAACAAGGAUUUGUAAAAAUGGAGGUGAUGCCUGCAUGAAAACAAUGGAGGUCACAGCAAAUUCUCAACGCAUUGUUGAAGCCCAGGUCAACGAGGGUAUACAGGGGCAAGACAGUCAACCAUGCAUUCUAUAUACAAUGCCAAUAAAUAAUCAACAAACUACCCAAACAAAUCAACCUGAGAUCAAAAACAAUCAACAAGUCAUUACUUGCAGUCAACCAAUGGAAACAAAUAAUCGACAAAAAAUUACAAAGAAACAACGAAUGGUUACAAGCAAUCAACAAGUGGCCACAGGCAAUGAACAGAUGGUUGCAAGCAAUCAACAAAUGAACACAAACAAUCUACAAGUGGUCACGAACAAUCAACAGGUACUCACAAACAAUCAACAUAUCAUGUUUCAGGUGUCCCCUGAUGGAAACUAUAUUCCCGUUAUAAUGAGUCCAAUUCCAGUUGAAAGCAUUCGAGAUAAUGCAAAAAGAACUCACCAGGUCAAAACAGUUCGUGAACUUUUGAGAGAGAAAAAUCGAGGCUCCGAUAUGGACAAUCAAUCAUCACAUGUGGUCAAAAAGCAAUCAGAAGUUGCCAAUCAACAGCUUCCUAUCUUGACUCAACCAUCCAAUAUGGUCAGUGUCCCAUCCAAAGUUACAUCACUAAAUGCUAGGGCAUUGGUGCCCUCUAGUGAGCAGUCCAAACAUCAAUUUUCUCUACCAAGUGCGCAAGUUGCGAAAAAGUGUGGGACGAAUAUCACCAAAUCUACACCAAGUUUUCGUCAAAUAGCACCAAAACAAACACAUGUAAAUAUUUUGAGUAAACUGCAAAGGCAUGUUCUUUCAAAGCCUUCAAUACAAAAGCAGUCCCUUGCACUGGGACCUUCUACACCAAAAACUCAAGGAAUUGCAUCUCAUAGUCCUGUUAAUCCUGGUACUGUUCAGCAUAAGAAACAAUCGACUGCAAGCGAGUUACUGUUAAAUAUGGCCAAUCAGGUCAAUGUUAGAAAACAACAAAAUGAUUCUGCUCAACUUAAAACAAUUGAGCACACACCUAUCUUAAGCAACGAGACUGAGUUAUUAAGAAAAGCUUAUGAGACUGGUACAUCUGAUGUACCUAAGCUUGACCAAAAUGUCGAAGCCCCAGAUAUUUCUUUCUCCAAGGAUAUAAACACAGUACCUCCUAAUGCUACCAUGUUUGACAUAAAGACAGAAGAAUCUGAUAUUGAAGACCACAGAGAUAACUCACCAAUGUAUACUUCCAUGUCACCCCCUCACUCCCCCAUGCCAUCCCCUCCACCUCACUCCCCCAUGCCUUUGACAAGGGAAGCUUCAUUUGGAAAGGCAUCCAUUAAUACAGUGAAUGUGUCACAGAUGGAAAGUAUCUCCUCAAUCGUUGGAUCAACUGUGAGUUCAGUUUUGAAUUCUGUCGGAAAUGUCUCAGGAGCACUCGGAAGUGGACCAACAACUUUUGAGAAUGCACUAACAACAAUGGACUAUCCUUCUUAUAAAGCCAUUGGAAAUGUCCCACCUGUAUCCACUGGAAAUGUCCCACCUGUAUCCAUUGGAAAUGCCCAACCUAUAUCUAUUAGAAAUGUCCCACCUGUAUCCAUUGGAAAUGUCCCACCUGUAUCCAUUGGAAAUGCCCAGCCUAUACCUACUAGAAAUGUCCCACCUGUAUCCAUUGGAAAUGUCCCACCUGUAUCCAUUGGAAAUGCCCAACCUAUAUCUACUAGAAAUGUCCCACCUGUAUCCAUUGGAAGUGCCCCACCUGUAUCCAUUGGAAAUGUUCUACCUUUAAAAAUUGGAAAUAUCCCACUUGUAUCCAUUGAAAAUGACCCAACUGCAUCUACUGGAAAUGUUUCAACAAUACCAAUAGAAAAAAUGAGACCUUCCAAAAAGAAGAGAAGUGCAGUUUUGACAGUAAAAAAGAUACUGGAAAAGAAAACAGCUUCUUCUGGAAGUCCUCCCAGAGAUGUUAUUCCCAAACCUGUUUCUGUAGAAGACACACCCAAUCAACCCAAAGAGCUUGUACCAAAAGAUUCUACUGUAGAAUACACACCAACUGCCAUGGAUUACCUACCACAGGGUGAAAGUUUCGCCCCCUCGCAAGUUGACCUACUUUCUUCUCAAAUAUCCAUGGAUUUCUCUACAUCUCUGUCUUCACAAGGUGGCUCUGGGGUUUCCGGUAUGGACUCAGAUUUCUCUAGUAUGGAUCCUCAUAUCCCCAGUAUGGAACUGAACGCUAGUAACCACAGCUCUGAACUAUCAGUUGAUCCACUACUUAUCAAAGAGGAAUUGACAUCAGAUUCAGAUACAGACACAAGUGAUGAGGUGUCAGAGCUUAGAAAGAAAAAUCAUAAACUGAACAAGCCAUCAACGACCAAGAACACAAAGAAAAAAGCUCUAAAGAAAUCUAAGGCUAAAUCAAGUGAAACAGACUGUGACAAAGAUGUAAAACCUAUCUUUUGUACAAAAUGUAAUUCCCUCUGCAAAAAACUGAUGCAAGGACAACUUUUCCUCGAGGAUGGAUAUGAUCCAAUCUGCAGGAAAUGCCAGAAUGAAAUCAUAGGUGUCUUUGUAAAGGAGUGGCAGAAACAAGAGCUUAAAGUCUUCAAGUGUCCAAAAUGUGAAACAAAAUUAAAGAAGAUCACAUAUAUCACAGAACAUUACAAGAAUAAGCAUAUGGGCGAGCGGAAAUAUAAAUGUGAAAUGUGUGGUAAAUUAGCAUACAGUCGAAACACACAUAAAGUGCAUGUUCAGACUCAUACAGGGACACGCCCAUUCAAGUGUAAUCUUUGUAGUUACGACACUACACGGAAAGUCCUCCUUGAUCACCAUUUGCUGUCUCACAACUCUGAUCCUCUCAUUGCUAAACCAGUAAGCUGCUCAAUUUGUGAUAAGAGAUUUGCGUCAAAGUGCUUAUUGGACACUCACAUGAUAUACCAUUCUGAUAUGCGACCCUUUCCUUGUACAUAUUGCUCCAAGUCAUUCAAGAGGAAGGAACAUUUGAAAAAACAUGAGUGGCUCCAUAAGGACCCUUCUUCGAGACCCCACGCCUGUGGCCUGUGUGACCUUUCAUACAGUACAAGGUACAGCUUGAUGCGUCACAUGAAGAGCCACACAGGAGAGAAGCCAUUCACGUGUGAACAUUGCGGCAAAUGUUUCACCGAAAGGAGCAGAGUACAGGCUCAUAUUAAACAAAUUCACAUGAAUGAGAAGGACCUGCCAUUUAAGUGUGAGGUCUGUAAUAGACGGUUUGCUUUCAAGUAUGAACUGAAGACUCACUCUAGAAGUCAUACAGGAGAACUGCCCUACAGCUGCAAGGUGUGCAGUAGAAGAUUCUCGACAAGGCAAGGGCAGAUAUACCACGAGCUAACCCACAGUGGCAAACAACAGUUUAAGUGUGAACAUUGCCAGGAGUCAUUCAAACGUCUGUACCAAGUAGACAAUCACACAGGCAAAGUACAUCCUGAGACAUUGACUGACAAGUACAAGUGUAAACACUGUGGAAAGAGGUGCUUCUCUCUACAUGCGCUAAGGUGGCACCGGAAAUACAUACACGAGGGGAGGACUCUUCCGUUUCAGUACAAACUAAGCGAACAUGGUCCACAACCAUCGAAUCUCAAACCUGACGACUUGACAUGUAAAAUAUGUUCAAAGACACUACUAACUUGGUAUUCCUUUAAGAAACAUGAACGAUUGUUUCAUUCACUUGGUGUAUUUAAAUGUCAUAAAUGUUCAAAGACAAUGAAGAGUAAGGCUGCCUUAAAGAGGCAUAUGGUACGGAUACAUAACCCUUCUGGAGUAAGGUACCCAUGUACGAAGUGUAAGAGUACAUUCGGGGACCAGUAUUCUCUGAAUCACCAUGCAAAGUUACAUAAUAAGGAACCAUUUAAGUGUGAUGUGUGUGACAAGACAUUUUUACGAAAAUGUGUACUUGAUCGACAUUACUUCGUGCACACGACUGACCGACCGUUCAAAUGUGGAACAUGUGAUAAAAGUUUUAAAUACAAGGAGCAUUAUAAUGAACAUGUGGUUCUGCAUGGGACAGGGUAUAAAGGUUACACAUGCUUUGUAUGUGGAGACAUAUCUCAGGACUAUCGAUGCUUUAAGAAUCACGUCUACACAACGAAACACACGGAGAAUGACAUGAAAUGCACUGAAUGUGAAAAAGAACUUAAAACUGUACAAGACAUCAUAGAACAUACUUGCCUACAUCUGAACAUUGACUAUAAAAAAUGUGAAGAUUGUAAGACAUGUUUCCUACAUAGGAGAUCCUAUAGGGUGCAUAUCAAAACAAAAGAGGCAACCGGUAAGUGUCCCAAACCAAAACUCAUCUCCAAACCUAAUGGAGACAUAAAAUCGGAAAGAAAACCAAAACCAAGAAGUAAACAUCCAUCAAGGAAGGUCAAAACUCAAUCAGUUAAAAAGAGGAAGCCGAGUGAGGAAGAUAUGUCUGAUACUGAUGAGGAAUGGGUUGAUAGAGAGCUUGAACAAGCCACAAGUGAUCAAAGACGAAGUAAACGAGUAAGAAAAGUAAUCAAAUAUGAUGUCGGGAGUGAUAUUGACACAGAAGAUCCAAUAAGUAAUGAUGAAUCUGAAGUUCCAAAACAUAAAAAGGCAGUUAAUGAGGAAACAUGUAAUGGGUGUGGGAAAGUUUAUAGACGAAUAGAUCAUUACAGGAAACAUUUAGCCAAAUGUGCAAAGAUAACAAACCGUGGAGAAAAAGAUAACUGUAUUGAUACGCAAGAAGAAACUACGCAAAAUCUCAAGACAGCUAAGAUUUCUCAUAAGAAGAAUAAACAAGGAAUCGUAUCAGCCUCAGAAAUGUUGAGAGAACACCAAUCCAAUGACUCGCCAGUUUCAGACUCUGGUGGAGAAAACAUGCACUCGGAUCACCAUGGAGAGACUGUUGCAGAAAAUUCAUGCCCUCAUCGUCAUGAAGAGACUGUUGCAAAACCAGAUACACCAACCUCUAAUAAAUCAAGAAAAAGAAAACCAGAAGAUACAGACAGAGAUAGUGAAGCUGUUACAGGAGGUAAUGUUGUCAACUGGGCAAUCAAAACUGAACCCCUAAAUGAAGAGUUUGGUAAUAUGACAAACACAAGGACUUCACACAGAAGUGUGCCUAGUACCAAUGGUACUCCACAUCUUCUUGGCAGUGUGUCUAGUACCACUGGAAUGGCGUACCAUUACUUCAUCAAAGAUGAAAUUGAUUCUGAAUCUGAGAUGGAAAAUAUGAAUAAAAAGAUUCAAAUUGAGACUAAUAAUCCUGUGAAAAAUAUUGAACUGUCAUCAUCUAUGGACCAUGUUGCCUUAAUUAAUUCUACUGCUGAGGAAGCAGUUAAAAGCAUCAAUGGUCUUCUUCCAGUUGUGUGCCUUGAACGUUGUAACUCCAAAACAAUUGCUCAAUAUGAAACUGCUAACGCUAAAAAGCUUAAAUUUACUGAUGGUGCUGCUAAAUGUAUGGACAUCAAUACAAAGAAUACUGCUGCAUCUGAACAGUUUACAAAAACUGCUGAGAAAUCUGUCUUGCCAGAAGUUAGUGCAAGGGCAAAAUAUACUGAAUGGAAUGAAAACAACCCUGAUUAUUUUGAAGGGCAGUGAAUGUUUUUAUACAAAACGUUUAAAUGUGGAGUAUAUUUCCAAUGAGGCUCAAAGUGUAUAGUGAAAAGGACUGUUAACCAAAAGAUUACUCAUUUCACAUAUUUUAUUUUAUAACCGAAUCAAGGUGAGCAACAAUAACUCUUUGUACAUGGUGCUC